CUUUCUCUCUUUCUCUCUCUCUCUCUCUCUCCAUUUCCCCAAAAAGUCUUCGUCUUUGCAGCGAUAAAUCCUAACCCUAGAGGCACUGCCAAACCACCACCACCACCACCCAUGGCACCACCGACCUGGUUGUGGACUCUCUCUGCAGCCACCACAACUCUUCUAACUCUGAUCCCCUUGGUGUGUGGCAACUCCGAAGGAGACGCGCUCUACACCUUGAGAAGGAGCUUGACCGAUCCGGAUAACGUGUUGCAGAGCUGGGAUCCGACGCUUGUUAAUCCCUGUACCUGGUUUCACAUCACCUGCAACCAAGACAACCGCGUUACGAGACUGGAUUUAGGUAACUCAAACCUGUCUGGACAUUUGGUACCCGAACUUGGAAAGCUUGAGCAUUUGCAGUAUUUGGAGCUCUACAAAAAUAAUAUUCAAGGAACUAUCCCUGCUGAGCUUGGCAACUUGAGGAACCUUAUCAGUUUGGAUUUGUAUAAUAACAACAUCUCGGGGACAAUUCCUCCAUCAAUGGGGAAAUUGAAGUCACUUGUCUUCUUGCGACUAAAUGACAACCGAUUGACUGGGCAAAUCCCCAGGGAACUUGUUGGCAUUUCCAGCCUCAAAGUUGUGGAUGUCUCAAAGAAUGAUUUGUGUGGAACAAUUCCUACCAGUGGACCAUUUGAGCACAUUCCUCUCAACAACUUCGAGAAUAACCCGCGACUAGAAGGUCCAGAGUUGCUUGGUCUUGCAAGUUAUGACACAAACUGCUCAUGAAGAAGAGAACGUCACUGCAAUGUCAUGGCUUGGAUUAUGCACUCACCCAAAAUUAGAGUGUAUUACCUCACAGUAUAAACAGGGAUUGAUCAAAAGCAGUCCCUCAUAUAAGUGUUUGUAAAUCUUAAUAGCUGCAUGGAUGUAUUAACAUUUAUAACUGCAUUGCCCCGCUCCUUCAGUAAUGUUGGAGACACAAACUUGUUGCUGUAAUGCUAGCUAAGAUUUUACUUAUGGUGUGAAUCCUUUGUUUCCCGGCUUGCCUUGUAUUGUAGAUUCAUACUGUUUCGUUAGUUCUCUUGAUUCAUCUUAUACACAUCAUGAAUCACUCUGUUUUGUUGCAGUGAUACUUCUUGAUUUCUUGUGUUAACAAUUAGAAAGUUAAGGGAGGACAGGUGCUCUUUUACCACAAGAGUAAUUCUUGAUUUUUUUUAUUAAUAUUAUUAUUUUUUGAGCUGGUGCAAUCGGGAUACUUUUUAGGAGGAGGCAGGUGGACUCAAAGGGGAUUGAACCCCGGUCUGGUGGAUAUAGGGUGGACAGCCGCAGGGGGCCUCGGGCCCCUACUUAGUUGAAAACCUACCGGUUGAGGAGCCACCGCCGGAGACACCAUUGUUGUUGAGCUCACAAACAAACUGUACACUGAGGGAGUUGUCAUUCACUGGCACGGAAUCAGACAGGUUCCCCCCCACUCUCUCUUUCCCACUAAAUCUCUUGUAAAUUUGUAAUCGUUUUAUCUAAAAGUUUAAGCUGUUGUAUAAUUUUUUGCAGCUUGGAACUCCUUGGGCUGAUGGAACUGCAUCCAUUUCGCAAUGUGCCAUUAACCCUGGAGAAACGUUUGUGUACAGGUUCAAAGUUGACAAGGCAGGAACAUACUUUUAUCAUGGACAUUUUGGGAUGCAGAGAUCAGCAGGGUUGUAUGGAUCUCUGAUAGUUGAGGUGGCAGAAGGAGAGAAAGAGCCAUUCCAUUAUGAUGGAGAGUUCAACUUGUUACUGAGUGACUGGUGGCACCAGAGUGUCCACGAACAAGAAGUCGGUCUCUCCUCCAAGCCAUUCCGCUGGAUCGGUGAACCCCAGAGUUUGCUAAUCAAUGGAAGAGGACAAUAUAAUUGUUCAUUAGCAGCCAAAUACAGCAAUUCGUCCUCUGUUACAGAGUGCAAGUUAAGAGGAAAUGAACAAUGUGCACCUCAAAUUCUUCAU